AUGCCCUCACAAUCAAAUCUGAGAGCUGCUCAGGCCGUUGUUCUUUCACGCCAGCGACUUCGCCGCGGUCUCAAUCGUGAUGCUGCCGGCCGCCGAAAGAAGCCACUGACUCUUCGUGCUGCUGAAGCUCGAUAUGCCGGCUCUGCUCGUGCAUCUAUCGGCCGCAUCGUCAAGAGACUUGAGGCUGCGAAUACCGUAGAUUAUGAGGAUGUUGUCGAUCCUAAGAUGGGGCGCCCGCGGCAACUCACGGAUGAGGAAGAAGAAGCUAUCGUGUGUUAUAUCAUCUGGAUGGAAAAGUCAGGCCUGCCUGCCUCCAAGUGGGAAAUAGAAGAUGCAGCACUUACUCUGCGGCGCCGCCGUGAUCCUGAUGCGAGACCUGUGAGCAAGAUGUGGUACUCUCGCUUCCGCGAUGAUCAUCCUGAGCUUGCGAAAUCGAUAUUGAAGUCGAGAGAAGCUUCGCGUGCCGAAUAUGAGGAAGGCGGCGUUGAUGAUACGAAGGAGUGGUUCCAACGCCUCAGCGAUGUGAUGACGAAGUACAAUAUCGGUGCAUCAGAGACCUGGAAUGCAGAUGAAGCAGGAGUUAGAGUCGGAAUGCUACGAGAUAAGAUGGAAUGCCUCGUUGUACGCACCAAGAAGAAGUCAGCAACAGAGAAGAAGCUUCGUGAGGCGUUGCGGAAGGGAAAUCUUACCUUUGGCCGGCGUGCCUUUGCAGGAGCUUUUCAGGAGAUCUUUAAUGAAGGCUUCACUGCCGCUCACAUCAUCUCGGGCUUCCAAAAAACGGGCAUCUACCCUCCCACAGACCGACCUGCCAUAGAAUAUCUUCUCAGGAAGCAGCUCAAGAAGAAGAAGACCUUCACGCCUGCUCAUUUCUCACUUCUUCCCUCAGAUAUGCGAUUUCACGCCGCUUCCAGCACCGCCGAGACCAUCGGCGAGCGAUAUCACGAUAUCCUCAGUUCUCCUACGCUCGCAGGGCUCCGGCACAUUCGCAACAUCGUUCAUGAAGCUGUGGUGCUUGAGGAUGUUAUCAAAAUAUCGCUGCAAGAUCUGCGAGAUCAACAAGAGGAGGCUAUCGCCGACGAUAAGAAGAAGCAACAUAAGCAGGGUAUACGAUUCACACGAUCUGUCAUCAUCAAGGAGAUGAACCGCCUCAAGGAUGAGUGGCGAGAGAAUAAAGAAGUUAUCGUCAACGGCAUACCAAAGAGGCUGCAGUUCAAGCAGUGGUUGGAGCACACAGGGAAGCAAUAUGACUAUUUAUCUAUGGAUACACAGCGUUCACAAAUGACUCAAGCACUGAAAGAAGAGACUGACGGCUAUAUGAUAGAUACACAACUCCCUGAUGAUGUGCGUGAAGCUAUCCGCAAGGCACAGUAUGCCGCGAAGCCCCUCAGCGCCGUUGAUCUCACCGGCCUCCCUCACAGUGAUGAUACGGUCACUUUCAACCUCACACAAGCACACGAGCACGAGGAAAUGGAUGAAGAAGACGAGAUUCUUCCUGUAAUUGAAGUCGCCGGCGGCAGCGAAGUCGAGAUGCCCUCAUCGCCGCCCUGUGCACCUGACUCUGAGUCAUCACUACCUACACUUCCCUCAACUCCUUGUCCCUAUCAACACCACACGCAGCUUCAUGAGUCACUUCGUGAUAUCAUCAGGGGAAUAAGAACGGCACAAGAAGAUAGCCUUAUUGGCUAA